AGAGUUAACAGCUGCACCUGUUGAGGUAUACCUGCUGUCGCCGGCACCUGUACCUGUAGCCAAUCAGCACCAGUGCUGCCGGGAACCUACCUGUCAGCAAAAUCCCGACACUCAAACUUCAACAUAAAUCAAACACUUCCCUGGGCAGGGAAUGUCUGUGUCAGGCAAGAAUUAGAGACAAGAGCCGUCAGCAGAGCCUCAGUGCCCGUGCCUGUCGUUGGAGCCUGGGAGCCUGGGAGCAGGAAGAUGUCGAAUGAACUUGAUUUCAGGUCUGUGAGGCUACUCAAGAAUGACUCAGUCAACUUCCAGAAGUUCCCCUAUACCAAUGAGGAUGAGGCCUGGAAGACCUACCUGGAAAACCCGUUGACAGCUGCCACGAAGGCCAUGAUGAGAGUCAAUGGGGAUGAUGACAGCGUCGCAGCUCUGAGCUUCCUCUAUGAUUACUACAUGGGCCCCAAGGAGAAGCGGAUACUGUCCUCCAGCACCGGGGGCCGGAACGACCAAGGAAAGAGGUACUACCAUGGCAUGGAAUAUGACAUGGACCUCACCCCCCUUGAAAGUCCCACACACCUCAUGAAAUUCCUGACGGAGAACGUGUCUGGAACCCCAGAGUACCCAGAUGUGCUCAAGAAGAGUAACCUGAUGAGCUUGGAGGCGACCGUGCCCUCCCCGGGCAAGACAGCACCCCUCCCCGCAGGCCCCAGCAAGCUGGAAGCUGGUUCUGUGGACAGCUACCUGCUGCCCACCAGCGACGUGUAUGAUAACAGCUCCCUCAACUCCUUGUUUGAGAGCAUUCAUGGGGUGCCACCCACACAGCGUUGGCAGCCAGACAGCACCUUCAAAGACGACCCGCAGGAGUCACUGCUCUUCCCAGAUAUCCUGAAAACAUCCCCGGAACCUCCAUGUCCAGAGGACUAUCCCAGCCCCAAGAGCGACUUCGAGUACACCCUGGGCUCCCCCAAAGCCAUUCACAUCAAGUCGGGCGAGUCGCCCAUGGCCUACCUCAACAAGGGCCAGUUCUACCCCGUCACCCUGCGGACCCCAGCAGGCGGCAAAGGCCUUGCCUUGUCCUCCAACAAAGUCAAGAGCGUGGUGAUGGUCGUCUUUGACAACGAGAAGGUCCCAGCAGAGCAGCUGCGGUUCUGGAAGCACUGGCACUCCCGGCAACCCACCGCCAAGCAGCGGGUCAUCGACGUGGCUGACUGCAAAGAGAACUUCAAUACUGUGCAACACAUUGAGGAGGUGGCCUAUAAUGCACUGUCCUUCAUGUGGAAUGUCAACGAGGAGGCCAAGGUGUUCAUCGGUGUCAACUGCCUCAGCACAGACUUCUCCUCACAGAAGGGGGUGAAGGGUGUCCCCCUGAACCUGCAGAUUGACACCUAUGACUGUGGCUCAGGCACUGAGCACCUGGUGCACCGCGCCGUCUGCCAGAUCAAGAUAUUCUGUGAUAAGGGAGCCGAGAGGAAGAUGCGGGAUGAUGAGCGGAAGCAGUUCCGGAGGAAAGUCAAGUGCCCCGACUCCAGCAACAAUGGCAUCAAGGGCUGCCUGCUGUCCGGCUUCAGGGGCAAUGAGACCACCUACUUGCGGCCUGAGGCUGACCUGGAGACCCCGCCAGUGCUGUUCAUUCCCAACGUGCACUUCUCUGGCCUGCAGCGUCCUGGAGGGGCAGUGCCCUCGGCAGGACACGGCAGCUCCAACAGGCUGCCUCUGAAGCGCACCUGCUUGCCCUUCGCUGAGGAGUUUGAGCCUCUGCCCUCCAAACAGGCCAAGGAAGACGAUCUGCAGAGAGUUCUGCUGUACGUGCGGAGGGAGACGGAAGAGGUGUUUGACGCCCUCAUGUUGAAGACCCCAGACCUGAAGGGACUGAGGAACGCGAUCUCCGAGAAGUACGGGUUUCCUGAAGAGAACAUUUACAAAGUCUACAAGAAGUGCAAGCGGGGAAUCUUGGUCAACAUGGACAACAACAUCAUUCAGCAUUACAGCAACCAUGUCGCCUUCCUGCUGGACGUGGGGGAGCUGGAUGGCAAGAUUCAGAUCAUCCUGAAGGAACUGUAAGGACCUCUCGGGAAGCUCCAGGCAAGGAGCCAGCUGCGAAGUGGCCCCACACCGCACACAACCUCUCUUCAUGCCUCAGUGCUGUUACUUGAAUGCCUUCCUUGAGGGAGGAGGCCCUCGAGUCACAAACCCACAGACGUCAGGGCCAAGAAGGGACCUGGGAGGUGUCCUGAACUGAACCCCGACUUCAUGCUUGAAUCUACUCUCUGAACUCUUGCCGGUGCCUGCCCAGCCAGGGACAGUGUCAUCUUGGUUAAUGCACUUAACAGACUGUGUCCCCUUCAAAAGACCCUUUCGUGUGGUCGAGCUGCAGGCCGCCUGUUGAGACGGUGGAGGUGGACCUGCUGCUCUCCCAAAGCUGACUUGACCACUGUCCAGCUCCCAUUCCUCGUUAUUCCAUUGACUUCAGGCCAAGGAUUGCUCUCAUUUUUGCCAGUUAACUUGAACACCUUUGAUUUUCAGUGCAAAUGACUUUUGCAAGACACUGGUGGACACACUCUCUCCUUCACAGACUUCCUCCAGACCAGAUGUAAAUAAUGGAGCUGAUGGACCAGAACACAGUGGAUGCUGUAUAAACAACUGCCAUGCUUGCUCACUGUUGUACACAUUUCUUAUUUACAAUUUUCACUUACUUUAUAUAUAUAUAUAAGUAUAUAUUGUACAUACAUGCAACAUUUUAUAUUUUUCAUGGAUACAUUUUUAUCAUUUCAAAAAAUGUGUAUUUCACAUUUCUUGGACUAUUUUUUUAGCUGUUCAGUUAUGCAUUUUGUAUACUCAUAUAGUAUUUAGUAAUAAAAUUCUGCCUAUGUAUUACUUCA